AUGGACGAUGGCCAAAGUAACAAUGCGGAAUUCGCAGUCGACAGACCCUCCAAUCGCACGCGAUCCGGCAGCGCAAGCAGCGGCCACAAACGAAGCCUCUCCGGCUCUUUACUCUCAAGACUCUCCUUCCUUCGUCUGAGCCAAGCUACACAAUCUGAGGCCAUGGAACAGGACGGGGACAGCGAGGACAUCGGGUCCAACAGACCACAGGCCCCUAAAGAUGCCCCAGUCAGCGGUAGGGCAAUGUCAGCAGUUCUACAACAGCAGCGCCGAACACGACGGCGACGCGGCUCAUUACGGAAGACCGCGCUCCUAGGCACUCGGCUUGAAUCGCGUGAGAAACGAUCAGGGAGCAAAUCAGCCGACUCCGUCCCUCGAUACCAGGGCGACGCGCCACGUUCUCCAAAAGACCAAACAUCGCUCCCAGACGAGUUCACGACCCGCGGAGGCUUCGACGACGAUGCCGAAGAUACCCCAACCCAGACACAACCUAGCUGGUUCCGCGCAAGUACAGCGCAAAAGAUCCUCCGCCCCUCGCUUACGCGCCGGCGGCAAGGCCUCGUGCAACAAAACCUCCUCGGUGACGAGACGGGCACCGACGACGAAGAACUCGUCUCCUUCCCACGCAUCAACAGCACAACCACCUCCGCCACCGGCACCAACGCCGCGAAAAAUGCACCCACCACAGCCCUCCACAUCUCGACCCCCUCCUCCAGCUCGGACCCCUACUACCCUCUUACCUCCGACGCAGCCUACAGAUCCAUCCACCGCAAAUCCUCCCCGCUCGCUACACACCCCGUCGAGAUAAAAAGCAACGCAGAAAUAACAUGGGAUUACUCCGAGACCGAGUGGUGGGGAUGGAUCAUUCUAAUGGUCACCUGGCUUGUCUUCGUUGUCGGCAUUGGCAGCUGCUUCGAGGUUUGGAGCUGGGCUUGGGAUGUCGGCGAGACGCCAUAUGCGCCGCCGGAACUGGAGGAUGAUCCUACACUUCCUAUCGUGGGGUAUUAUCCGGCGCUGAUUAUUCUCACGGCUGUUAUGGCCUGGGUUUGGGUGGUUGUUGCUUGGGUGGGGAUGAAGUACUUCAAACAUGCUAAUAUAUCGGGCGAUGAUAGUUGA